AUGAAUUUCCGUUUUGUGUUCACAAUUUGCGCUAUUGCGUUACCGAUUGUCGCUGCCUACGGACCAGGUCCUUAUGGUGCUGCCAACGGUGUUGAAGAGUUGAUCAAUGCCGCCGCUGCUAACCAACACCCCGGUGCUGCCUCUUUGACUGCCACCGCUGAUGUUGCUGCCCCACCCUCUGCCCAAGCCGGUUUGGCUCAUGCCAACGCUCAAUUGGCCGCCCUCAACGCCAGCCCCGCCUACAACAACCUCAAGAACUCCGAUGCCAUCGCCGAAACUUUGGCCGAAAACGCUUUGGCCAGCAACAUCCGUCAAGGUAACAUCAACGUUGUUGCCCCCAAUGUUGUCGGACAAACCGCCUUCCGUUCCCUCUUGGUGCCCAGCAGAUUGAACGCCCACAACGUCGUUGCCACCCAACCCCUCCAACCUUUGGUUGUCAACCAACCCGGUGCUCCCGUUGCCCAAGUCAGCAGUGGCCCACCAUCUGUCAUCAGAGCCGCCCCCAUCAUCUACAAGUUGAAGCCUUCCGUCAUCUACCAACAAGAAGUCAUCAACAAGGUCCCCACUCCCCUUAGCCUUAACCCCGUCUACGUUAAAGUGUACAAACCAGGCAAGGCCGUUGAUGCCCCCGUCGCUGCUCCUUCCUACUCUGCCCCAGCUCCAGCUUAUGGUGGUGCUGCUGCUUCUGCUGCUUCCUCCGCUGCCAGCGAUGCUGGUUAUGGUGCUCCCGCCUACUCUGCUCCUUCCUACUCUGCCCCAGCUGGCUAUGGUGCCCAACCUGGCUAUUAAAUUCAAUUUACAAAUUGUAAAUUAAUUUAACAUUGGACAUUAUUUACUUGAUGGAAUAAUGCAGUGAUUCGAUGUCCAAUUAAAUCUAGA